AUGCCUACCUCAUGGAUCAGCGCCGGGCUGGGCACUCGUGUUCAUCCAUCUCUACCCAAGCUACAGCGCAUCGCCGCGGGCAAGCGCCAACCCGACUACCACUGGAACUUCCCCGCCCCUCCUAGUCUGACACUUUUGCGGCGGGAGAAUGCCUCAGUGCUGGAGAACUAG